AAGCAACGGUCCGUCAUUCUUCUCUGCAUCAGAUCAAUGCUGUCCUGCGUGGCGCGGUAGAGUCCAACCUGCCAAGCAAAUGAACAGCCAACAUGCUCAACCUUGACUCUGCAGGAGCGAAGCAAGCAGCGCGUCUACUAGCUCUUGCAACAGAUGAUCAGCAUGCUAGAAUCUUGCUCGAUACCCUUGAUCUUAGCGUCUUCCCCGCGUCAUUCACGGAACCAGCUCAGCCGCCUAGAGCUGGCAUCGCAACAGAUACAGCCAACAACGAACCCAUGGCUUUAUCAGACAGCGUCUCUGUCUCUUCUGAUACACCGCGCUGAGCCUAACGCAUUCAGGAGGACGAUCUAGACCGAUUUGGACGCCUUGCACACAAUACAUGCAUGACAAAGGGACCAGCACGACGACGACGCGUGUCA